UCGUUUUCAAUUUCUUAAUUCUCUUCCAAAAUUUCAUGGUUAAUUCAUCAAUUUCGUGAAGCUCUUAUGUUAUGAUGUGGAGUCGUGGACCACCGCCACAGAAAAAUGCCCCAAGUCUAACGUCACCUAAUUCACUAAAAAAUUAGUAUAAUUUUCUUGCAUAAUUACAGUAGUUACAGUUGACAUCAGCUCCCAAAUCCUAACUCAAAAGCCCUCAGCUUCGCAGGGAAAGAAUCUCGGCAGCUAGAGCUAGUUGCCUUAUUUUCUUUGUGGGGUAUACUAAUUAAGAGAAUUAAAUUAGCGAUCUUUAAUAUUAAAUUCGUUUGUUUAGUGCCCACAUGCAAAUCUUGCUUGUUUAUUAUCUAAAUGGCUGAGGCUCAUAUUCAAAUAGAAGUGGAAGAUUCGAGAAUUCCACAUGAAAAUGCCCCUCUUCUGAAAAAUUGCGACGAAAACCAACAAUCAGACCCCCCAGGUGUUCGAGAAAAUGAAAAAGAGACUCUUUUGGACAAGACCCUUCAAAGGUUGGAUCUUUUCAUCACUCUCUUGGGGUUCAACCAGACCUCUGUGUUGAGGUUUCUGGUUUCUUGGGGGGUAUUUUUGGUAUUUGGGGUUUUGAUUCCGGUGGUGAUGCUUGAGCUCUCGAAUUGCCCGGGGUGUGAGAAGGGUCAGAUCAAGAGCUUCGAGAUUGGUAUAGUGAUUUCUCAGGCUUCUUUGGCUGCUUCAUCUAUGUUGUGCUUUUCACAUAAUUUGCGGAAAUAUGGAGUUAGGAAAUUUCUCUUUGUUGAUCGAUACAGUGGGUAUGUGGAAAGGUUCAGUGGCCAGUAUGUGCAGAAGAUCUCAGAUUCUCUACGCUUGUUAGUAAUAUGGGUGAUCCCAUGUUGCCUCUUGAAAACUGCUCGUGAAAUAAUCCGUAUCAUGUAUGUUCACCAUGAGUCGCAGUGGCACUCCGUUGCAAUUUUAGUUGCUUUCGUGUUGUCAUGGACUUAUGUGACUGCUAUCAUUCUUUCAUCCUGUGUCUUGUUCCACCUGGUGUGCAACUUGCAAAUCAUACAUUUCGAAGACUAUGGAAAACUUUUGGAAAGAGAAUCUGACGUGAUAGCCUUACUGCAAGAGCAUGCCCGCCUGCGCUACUAUCUGUCCAAAAUAAGCCAUAGAUUUAGAAUAUAUCUUCUCCUGCAAUUUGUGAUUGUAACUGCGAGCCACUUUAUGUUUCUAUUCCAGACCACUGGGUACAGUGGGAUAAUCACUUUCAUCAAUGGCGGUGAUUUUGCAGUGACAUCAAUCGUUCAGGUGGCUGUGAUAAUUCUUUGCCUGAAUGCUGCUGCAAAAAUAUCCCACAGAGCCCAAGGCAUUGGAGCACUCGCAAGUAGAUGGCAUGCUUUAGUGACUUGCAGUGCUGAUGAUGCAUCUCAGUUCCGUAACUCAAAUUACUCGGGAAAUUCUGAGGCUGCAGACAAGUUGGUUUCACUCCAUGUAGACUACUCGGAAAGUGAUUUGGAAUCGCUGGAUUUUAUGUCAACACCUAGUAAUGUACAGCUGGCGUCGUAUAUGUCUUCUUAUCACAAGCGACUGGCACUAGUGAUGUAUUUGCAGUCCAAUCAAGGAGGCAUCACGAUUUUUGGGUGGACAGUUGAUCGUGGUCUGAUCAACACGAUCUUCUUCAUUGAACUAUCGCUAGUCACAUUCGUGUUGGGCAAGACCAUAGUCAUCACAUGAGAGUAGGGCAUCAACAGUCAUCUCUUUGCUGCCGGCAGUGUUGCCCUUUUUUCGCCCGGGUCACACCAUAUCUCGAGCCAGCCAACGGGCAAGGACCUAGCACUCCCAGCUUUGCUUCUUUCGCCAACAUCAGAAAAAAAUGUUGAGGUUACAGUUCCUAUAUAUACCCGGUGAGUCUCAUCCUCUUCGUCCUCGAUUUUUUUCAAGUUUUAUUUUGGCCAUUUUGAGGUAAAAAAUGAGACCUGAAAUUCAUCAGAAGCUAUAAGUUGUUUGUACAAAUUGUUUCAUUUUUGCAGAGAAGAAUUACAGAAAGGUUUGCUUUUACAUCACCACUCAGUUGGGUUGCUCUUUUUUUUUUUUUCUUUUUUUUUUAGUUUUAAAUUGAGGGAGGAGAAUUAGUAUUGUACAUUAAUAUAUAAAUAAAUAUGUUCAUAUUUAUAAA